CAUAUGUUUUUCAGUCCAUUAUCAAAAUAUAGCAGUCUAACAGAUGCCCAUCUAUCUGACUAUUUCUCAAGUAAAUCGAAGAGGAGGCAUCUGAAGAAAGCUGGUCUUAUCAGCUCCAAUGGGUUUGUUAUAUCUGAAAACAAAGUCAGAUGCAAUAUGCUGAAACAGGAACGUAAACGUCAAAUCAAAACUACCAUAGCUCAAGCCAUUGUUGAGAAAACAUUAGAAAUAGAGAGACAAAGGCAGGCCAUCAUUCAACAAAAAUUAGAAGAGAUUGCUAAAUUAGAAUUGGUCAAAAGAAUUCGAGCAGCUGAAACAGAUCAAAGAAGAAGAAACGAAGAUUUCCUACCACUGGUUUUAAAACCACCAAGACAAAUAUUAUCUUCUCGAUCUCGUCGACCGUCAUUAGGUCCCACCAAAGAGAAUAAGUAUGCGAUGGCCCUGAACAAACUGGAGAAGAGUCGAACUGCUAAUUCUCCAUAUACUACUACAUCAACUAUACCAAUACCACCAAAAUCUCCCCGUAUAGCUGAAAUGAAUAAAACACGAAGACGUAACUCUGAACGAUCUUAUUCUGUGUCGCAGGUUCAUACUCGUCAUACUGAAUCAGUCCUGAGUUUUCCUAAUGCAAGACAGAAUAUGACAGAAAUAGUGAUGAAAUAUCACGGUUUUAAAUUAUCGCUGGCAAGAGAAAAACUAGAUCCUAAAAACAUGGUGAUAGUAGAACAACAACAUUGUGGUGGAAAUACAUUGGUUAUUUUUAAAGGAAGGCUUCUACCAAAUACUGAUUUCACUAUUUUCUCCCAUCGUCAUCGGGGCUUUCCCUUUAGUUUAACCAUAUAUGUGGAUGGACGGAUGGACUGUAGAGUGAGUACAUGUUGUGAAUAUAGGCAUGCUUUAAAUGUACGUCUUGGUGGAGCGCAGGGCCAUUUUAGUUUUACUGAUGUCCAGGGCAACAUGCCUUGUUAUAAGUAA